AUAAACAAACAGAAAGCUCUAGUGGCGUUUUAAUAAUAUUAAGUCAUAAAUAACUCGUAAAAAUAUCAUUUUGAGACGUUUUUACAACCUACUGUAUUAAUGAAGAUUGUAAGACUCUUGUGCAUUUCUUUUCUGUAUAGCUUCACACUAUGUUUGUUAGAUGUAUUGAGCUGUUGUAAGGUAAGGCAUGAUAAAGCGCAUCUGCACCUGCUAGUUGUAAAAUUAUUUUAUCUAUGCUGCUGAAAGAACAUGCACUGAAUCGGGGAGAUGAAAUCCAGUUCACAUAUGAUGGAGCACCAUUCAAACUGAUAUUCAAACUUUAUAUCAAAUGAAUGUAAUUGCAAGCAAUAAUUAGGCUAUUGGACAAUUACAAGGUACAACAAAGCCUUUGAUGAUUUGAUUUUCACUACUAAACCACAGUUUAAUGUAAUAAUAUAACGUGUUUGCAUUUAAAAUGCUAUGCAAAUGUGGACAUUGAGAACCAUGUGUUAAAUUAGCUCUCAAAUUUUCAUUCAUACCAACCUGAAAGUGGUUGUAAUGUACUGUAGCAUGUUUUGUGAUGGCAUGGGUCUUUAGAUUGCAUAUGCAUAUAUGCAAUCUAAAUCCUCAGACACAUUUUAAAACAAAUGCUGGAAUUAUUGCUUUACCAUGAUCUUCUGUGUUGUCCCUCUGCUUUGUGCUCAGGAUGUGUUCCCAUAGAGACCCACAAGGAGCAUGUCACUGAUCCUGUUUGCCUUUGUGGUCCGGGUCAGGGAUUCUCCGCUCUCUGCCUCCACUGAUUUCCUACAUGACAAGGAGCUUCAGGAGAGAAAGCAACAGCUGAAAGUGAUCUCUAAAGCCUUGAGCUUAUUACCAGAGAGAGGGGCCGUCAAGGGCCAUGAGCUCAACAUUUACUUCCUCUCAUCUGAGGGUGUGUCAUACAUGACCGUAUGUGCCUGCAGUCUCCCUGUUGCCGUGGCCUUCUGCUUCUUGGAAGACUUGCGCUGGGAAUUCACAGCAUGCUUUGAGAACUCUUCAGUGGCACUGGCAAAUAGGCCAUACCCAUUUCUGGAGUUUGAUAGUGUCAUUCAAAAAUUGCAGCACCAUUACAAUCAGAAUGGUGGUCCAUCUCUUGAAGUUACCCUGGGCGAGGUACAGGAGGAGCUCAGGACCAGCCCCCCUCAGGUUCUCACCAUGGAGGAUGUGGCACUCACCAACGGAACAGCCAAUGGGCAUGUUGAACUAACAUCUGCAUCAGGUCAAGGUCAGAGGUUGGAACCAGUCUCAGCUCCAGGAAUCCUUUCCCUGGUUCUUAACAUCUUGUGUGCUGCCCUCAACCUUAUCCGUGGUGUCCACCUUAUAGAAUACACCUUCCAGGAUGAUUAUGAUGGUUUGUGGAAUGUGGUGGCAUUUCUUUUGGCAUUUCUCUGUGGUGUUUGCCAGUGUCAUUUGUAUUUGUUCUACACCUGCCAGAAGAAGCUGAAAUCAUUAACUCUUCUGAUUGUCAUCAUCUUAUGUAAUGCUUUUCUCUUCGGCCUGAGGAACAUCUGGCAGCUGGUCUUCCACAUGUCCGUGGCCUGCCUCUCCACCCUGCUCACCCUCUACCGCAAACUGCUGGACAGGAAUUCGGAUUGUGGAGUAUGAAGACUCCAGUUCACUUCGAGAGCUGCUUCAGAUUGGACAAUGGUAGGGUGAGAUUACACUGAGGCAACUUCUGAAAGAACAAAUAAACUUGACACGGUAGCUCACAUGUUUUAGCUUUUGGUUUGAUCUGAUAUUGGGAUCAAGUUUUCGUAUCACAUGUAUAGUGAGUGCAAUAGCGUUUUUACAGGGGUCUUCAAUUUAAUGAAUGCAUAACAAAACGUUUUCAACGUUUUACUUAUUAUGAUAUGAAUUAAAUAAGGAAAAAUUAUACGAAACGGACAUUAAGCAUUCAUUCAGUUGGCAUUGUUAAUUUAAUUUGCUGCAACAUAAGAACUUACCUGGUUAAUCAUAGUUUGUUCUUUUUCUUUGUUUACCUUUUUGCAGAACGGAUUAAUCUUUUGUCAGUUUAAAGGGAUUUUCUCAUAAUUUACUCCCCUUCCUGCCACCCCAGAUGUAUAAGAUUUUCUUUCCUCUGCAGAACACAAACAAAGAUUUUUAGAAGCAUAGCUCAGCUCUGUUGGUCCAUACAAUGCAGGCCAAAAAUUUGAAGCUCCAAAAAGGGUGGUUCAAUCCAUGUCUUCAGAAACGAUAUGAUAGGUGUGGGUUAGAAACAGAUCAAUAUUUAAGUACUUUUUUACUAUAAAUUCUCCUCCCUGCCCAGUAGGUGGCGAUAUAUACAAAGAAUGCACAUCUAGAAUCAAGAUUUAUAUUGUAGAAGACUUAAAGUUUUAUGUUUCUCACCCACAAAUAUCAUAUUGCUUCUGAACACAUGAAUUUAACUACUGGAGUUGUAUGGAGGAAUUUUAUGUUGCCUUAAUGUGCUUUUUGGACCUUCAAAAUGUUGGUACCAUUCACUUGCAUUGUUUGGACCUGCAGAGCUGAGAUAUUCUUCAAAAUAUCUUUGAUUGUGUUCUAGUGAAGAAAGAAAGUCAUACACAUCUGGGAUGGCAUGAGGGUGAGUAAAUGAUGAGAGAAUUUUCACUUUUAGUUGAACUAUCCCUUCAGUUGUUAUGAAAAUAUAAAUAUAUUAUCAUUAUCACUUUAUGUAUUUGACUGACAGUGAGCAUGGCAAUUGAUUCUGAAAGGACUUUUUAUGCUCGAAAACAUUAUCUCAAGAUGUUCUUUUCAUUUUGGACAGUGUCUGUUACGUAGUUAUAUGCUGUACCACAAAACCUUGCAUUUUUGUAUUAAGAACUACAAUUUAUAAACAUAGAACAUUCAGGUCUUUCAGCUAGUCUUAUACCAUUUUUACACAUAGGAUACAUUUGUUUAGGCUACCUUUCUUUGAUACUCAUCCCAAAGACUAUAAACCUUUAGUCAUUUCAACAAGUUCUUAUAAUACAUGCAACUUGUAUCGCAUUUGUCUGAAAUUCACAUCUAUUUUCUUAACAUAAAAGCUUUUUAUUUACAAAUGUUUAUUGUUUGUCAGUAUUUAUCAGUCAUUGACAGAGCUUAGUUUACAUAUAUGUAAUUACUUUAUUUGCUCUGAAUUGUUCUUUAGGAAGUAGACAAAACCACUUGUCAUUUUAUUGUUACUGAUGCAGCAGAAAGUAUUAUGAUUUGACUGAGGAAACAAGUUUAUCCUGAAUAAAUGUAAGAUUAAGUUGACUAUAUUUAUGUUAACCUUUAAUCUUUCAUCAGUUCAGUAUGUUAAAUAAUAAGGAUGUGUCCUAUGUUGUAAACUUAUUCAGAAUAUUAAGCCAAGCCUGUACACUGAGUUUCUAUUUAUUGCAAAUGUUUUACUCUUUUUCUUCAAGAAAUCAAUAUUGACAAUGCAUUUGUUUUCAGAAAAGUAAGCAUAGAUAUCUUUUUCUGACCAAUCAUUUUCUUGAAUUCUUAAUUUUAAAAGCAAGCUUUGCUUUUUUUUGGUUGGUGUAGAAAUUGUAUUACAUGUCAUUAUUCUGUGUUGUAGCAACAGAGUGCACGUGAAGCUUUGUUCUAAUGUGUUUAGGAUAACAGCUAGUGUGUGUUCCUAUCAAUACCUUAUUACACAAUAUGAUUACAGCAAUCCAAACAGUGGAGUGAGAAUAUAUGUAUGAUCAUUUUAAAGUUUGUGAACUCUAUACCCAUGCACAGCAAAGCUAAUACUGUAAUUAUGUAUCAAUAACAAUAAUGUACAAUGUAAAAAUAAGGGCUCUUUCUAUUGACUGACUUUUCAACAUGGUACAUCAUACUGCAUAAACCAUGAUUUGGAAGUUAUAUUUCCUAAUACUGUAUGCAAUCCUUAAUUCUGGAUUUUUACCUUUUUUAAUUGGUGUUUGAAAGAGGGUAACAUAAACUUUAAGUGGAUACAUAUUUGCUCACUCAUUUAAUACAAAGCAUAGUGUGUUUUUUGAAACAAUGGAAUAUGUAUUGUUUUUUAUAAUAGUUUUUGAUGUUUGUAGAUACAGUAUAUGGAGUUAAUGAGUGUAUUUACUCAUUAGUUGCGCAUUAGAACAAAUUAGUUAUACAAAUGAAAGAAUCUGUGUGUAGAUUAUUUGAUUCUCAUGCAUUUUUGACCCAUAUUGAAAUCCUCUGUGUCAGUGAACUCCUUUGUGUCAGUAAUGUUGGUGCUGGAGGUUAUACUUACAUAAUGCACUUCACACAGUUUAAUACCACUGUUGUCUUAAUCUACUUGCAUUUGAGUUAGAUGAUAAAUUCCAAAACAUUUUAUUUCCAUUUAUGUCUCAAUACUUAAGGACUAUAAAAUACAUUUUUCGCUAAGGUCUUAAAGGGUUAGUUCACCCAAAAAUGUAUAGAUUGUGUCUUCAUUAACCUACCCUUAUGUUGAUCCAACCUCAUUCUUCCAUGCAACACAAAAGAGAUGUUAAGCAGAAUGUUAGCCUCAGUCAGCAUUCACUUUCAUUGCACAUUUAUUUAUCCAUACAAUGUAAGUGAAUGGUGAUUGAGGUUACAUUCUGCCUGACAUCUCCUUUUGUGUUCCACAGAGGAAAGAUGGUCACAUGGGUUUGGAACAACAUGAGGGUAAGACCCAUUAUAUGUUUUAAUAAAUAAAAUCAACAUGCUUAGGACAGACAACCUUAGUUAAACAAUUAAGGUUUGUUUCACUAGAGUUUAACCGCUACUAACCUGAACCUCCAGCAACCAAAUUAGUUUCCAAAAAGGGUGUUUUAAAUGAACACUAUUUCCAACUUGUUAAUCACUAAAACAGCCUUAUUAUUAUAAAAACAACAGCUGAGCAUAUUAAAAGAACUAUGUGAUUUUGUUUGAAUACCCAAUCUUGUUAGAGUAUGGUUUGCUUGUGCAUUUUUACAUGAUAGUUGUCAUGGAGUUUAUACAUGUUUAUAUAUAUUUUUUUACUAGUAGAAAAGUUAGAAUAAGACUUGCAUUGCCUUGGCUGGCUGAAAGAUGUUUGUGAUAACUAAAUGUCUUGAUAACAUGCAGUUGAGAUGAUAUUCAAAAGCAGUCAUGUUCAUGCUGUUUUAUAAUGUUUUAUGAAUGAAGGUUAAAAGUGCCACAACCUGUUAGAAAGUCUUAAGUGCACAAUAAAAUAUUUAGU